GCACAACGCACAAUUGACUCCACGAACGUGGAACUUGGUUGCUGUGGUUGGGGGGUCAAUGGUGUGGGUUAAACGGCAUUAGGCCGACAGGUUCCGGCAUGGUGGGAUAAACCAGACGACAGCACUGCGGCGGGCCGACGCAGGGGCGGCGGCAGCGGCCGUGACGGGCGGCGCCAUGCCGAUCCAGGGUCCACAGUGGACCGAGUUCCUCACCUGCCCCAUCUGCUUGUGGGGCUUUAACCGCGAGCGCGGCCCCGUCAGCCUCAGCUGCGGCCACACCAUCUGCAAGGCAUGCCUACAGGAGCUGCACAGGAAGCGCUGCCCAUUCGACCAGUCGGUGAUCGGGCUGGACCUGGACCAGCUGCCGCUCAACUGGGCGCUGCUGCAGCUGUCGGUGAUCGGUGCUGGACCCUGGACCAGCUUGCCCACAGGCUGGGCGCUGCUGCAGCUGGUGACGGGCAGCCUGACUUGUUUCAGUCCGGGUGGCGGGUCGGGCGGCGGCGCGGGCGGCCCCAGCGUACUGUCGCGCUCCAUGCAGCGUAAGCUGGUGACGAUCGUCACGUGCCAGCUGCUGGAGCCGGAGGGGCGCAGCCGCGUACUGCGCGCGUGCCGCUCGCUCGGAGAGCGCACCGUCACCGAGCUGAUCCUGCACCACCAGAACCCGGCGCAGCUGUCGGCCAAUCUGUGGGCAGCCGUGCGCGCGCGCGGCUGCCAGUUCCUCGGGCCUGCCAUGCAGGAGGAGGUACUGCGCCUGGUGCUGCUGGCGCUGGAGGAGGGGUACGCCCUCUCGCGCAAGGUGCUCGUCAUGUUCGUUGUACAGCGGCUGGAGCCGCACUUUCCGCAGGCGUCCAAAACCAGCAUCGGCCACGUUGUUCAGCUGCUGUACAGGGCCUCCUGCUUUAAGGUGACGAAGCGCGAGGGCGACUCGUCGCUGAUGCAGCUCAAGGAGGAGUUCCGCACCUACGAGGCGCUGCGGCGCGAGCACGACGCCCAGAUCGUGCAGAUCGCGCUGGAGGCCGGCCUGCGCAUCGCGCCCGACCAGUGGUCCAGCCUGCUGUACGGCGACGUGGCGCACAAGUCGCACAUGCAGAGCAUCAUGGACAAGCUGCAGUCGCCGUCCAGCUUCAACCAGUCGAUACAGGAGCUAAUAAUAUCGCUACAGAAGACGGGCGACCCGGCCGGGCUGUCCCAGACGCGGCUGCGGCUGCAGACACUGGCCGCCGUCGAUCCGGCGCCGGACUCGCUCGACACGGACUGGGAGCAGGUGGUGACGGCGCUGGAGGCGGCCGUCGAAGUGGUGCGUGUGCUCAUCAGCUUCGUGCACAACCACGGCGGCCGGCGUGUGCACGUGGACACGACGCACGCGCAUAAUGCCAAGUACAAAACGAAUCUGUGCCGCGACCUGAAGCAGCGCGGCACGUGUCCGCGCGGCCCCGCCUGCACCUUCGCCCACUCCGAGGAGGAGCUGGAACGGUACCGCGCCAAGAGCCGCCGGCCCAAGAAGGCGGCGGACCGGGCCGAGUCGCCGCCGCCACCGCCACCGUCGCUUCCUCCGCACGGCGCCGGCCUGCCGCUGCGACCGCAAAAGGUGGCGCCAGCCUACCGGCUACCAGCCGAUGGCCGGCUUCGCACCGGUGCAGCCGGUGCCUCCACAGCUACAGAAAAAAACGCAUGCGUGAUGGGCCUAGUGCCGCCACCGGCCGUCCCAGUGCCGGUGGUGCAUGCGGUGGCGCGGCUGCCCUACCAGCUGGAGUACUUCACGCCCGUCUGCAGCCCGGGCCCGGCGGGCGUGCUGCACCAGCAGCUGGUACCGGCCGUGCAGGCGGCGGCGCCCCCGCCACCUCAACCGCCACCUCCGCCGCCGCCGCCGCCGAUGGCUGGCCCACUGUACGGCGGGCGGCACGGUAUGCCGCUGCAGUCGCCGCCGCGACCUGGCCAGGCCAUCACGUCGCUCAGCUCGUCCGGUCUCCACUCGGCCGGCGGCAGCAUCGCCUCCACGGCAGCCAGCGCCGCCGGCGUUGCCGUCAACGUCAACUCGUCGUCGAUCGCCUCCAAGUCUCUGACGGCGCUGCGCCAGCGCAAGCAGGAGAUUCUGCACCAGCUGGAGAACAUCAACGGCGGUGCGGACGGCGAGGAGGCCGACUCGCCGCCCACGCCGCCGCCGCCGCUGCCGCCUCCUCCCGAGGCGUACCCGGUGCCCGCCGCCGCCGCUGUCGCCACCGGCCCCUCCGCCGCCGCCGAAGGCGUCGCGCCCAAGCACUACUCCAUCUGGACGUCGAGUGACAACUUUUUCUACGCGCUGAAGUCAUCUCUUGCCGGCUACCAGAACACAAAGUCCCGAGGCACGGACACGGGGCCCGUCUACAGCAACGUGCGGGUGUCCAGCAACGAGGACGAGUACAUCCCGUUCUCGUCGAGCUCGGAGGGCGCGUCGUUCGGGCCGAUCUCGCGCACGGAGCGGUCGGGCACCACGCCCAGCCGGCCGGUGCAGGUGUCGGCGCUGUCGGGUGAGACGCUGCCCACCGAGACGGCCAGCCAGCCGCGCCCCAUGCCGGGCCACGUCAUCCCGCAGAACUUCAUGCAGAUCUGCGACCCGUACCUCUACAGCGGCGGCGUGCAGUACCAGCUGGUGCAGGCGGACGGCUGCGGCAUGCACUACAACACGAUCGGGCACGGCGUGCUGGACCCGCCCGGUCUGCAGAUGCUGCGGCUGAAGCCAUGCGGCGACCGGCCCAGCGACCCGCUGCCCAUGGCGCGCAACCAGGAGGGCAGCCGGCUGGCGGCCGAGAACCGGCGCUUCCAGAACGAGCUCGACUCGCUCGAGCGCAAGUUCCAGACGGGCGUCAAGGUACUGUCGCCCACGCGGCCCGAGGAGACCGAGGCCGAGGCGGACGAGUCGCGCUCGCUCGCCAGCCAGGAGGCGCACCUGCAGAAGGACCUGAUCCGAGAGCUCUGGUUCAUCGAGCACGGCAUCGAGGAGAAGCAGAAGGAGAACAAGCUGAACGUGCGGACGUCGUACGCCGUCAGCGCGGCGGUGGCGGCGUCUCCGGCCCCGGUCGCCUUCCAGCAGUUCUCGAAUCAGCAGAGCAGCCCGACGCAGCCGUACUCGGGCCAAGGACGACACUUCGAGCCAGCCUUACCCGGUCCGGGACAGCAGUUCGUUCCAGUCGUACCCGAGUCAGAGCAACAGCUUCGGUCAUCCGUACUCAAAUCAGGGCAACAGUUUGGGUCAUUCGUACUCGAAUCAGAGCGACAGUUUGUGUCAUCCGUACUCGAGUCAGCGGGACACGUCAAGCCAGUCUUACAGGAAUAUUGGCAACAGCUCGUCACAAGCAUAUUCGAGUCAGGACAACAGCUUUAACCAGCCAUACUCGAAACAGGACAACGACCUCGACCAGCGAUUUUCCUCCGCCGGAUCUGUUUCCAGCCAGCAGCCAACCUGGACCUACAGCGACCCCUACCAGAGUGCCGGCCCAGCUGGAGCGUCCGGCUGGGACUACAACGGCAGCAGAUACUGAGGUGUGCCCUGGUGCGGGCGAAGGUCCCGCCGCCGCCGCCGCCGCCGCCGUCUGAUACCGCAGAUUGCCGCCGGCUCGGCACUGCCUGCGCCCCUGCCAGCACCAGCGCGACAGCUGCCGACGGCGCGGCGGCGGCGGACGCCCGGCCGCGUCCUCAGAGCGGACUUGUCGCCACGGCUCGCUGGGGCUGGCAGCUGUGCACGGGCGGCUGUGUUGGUGCGGCCGGGUGUUGGCAGCGUGGCGGCGCUGCCUUCCGAGCCAGCUGCGGCUGGCAUUGUCACGCCGCGGACAAGGCGGCUCGAGGACGCUGGCCCAGCGGCGGCAGGGCGAAGAGUUCAAGAAAGAUUAAGUCCUUUGUCAGCACUUAGAAAUCUGCUGGACCUUUGUAACCGUUUUAGUUGUGGAAAAGGCGGCGUGUACGCGCCUGACUUGAUGUCCCCUCCGACUGGUGUGGCUUUGCGUCCGGCGAAUGUCGACGAGCUGGGCUGCAGUUUCGGGGGCGUGUGGCUCUGGGCUCCAUUCUUGGAGUGGGCUGACAUGCCGUCCUGGGUCGGGCGGCCCCCGUCCGUUCUGGUCGCCCCCUGACCUCGCCAGACGGAGCCUUCGGCCCUGCGAGUGGACUCGCGACCGGCGUGACUCUCGCUUCACGUGGUAUCGUGGGAUUGGGCGCUUGCAUUUCUGCUAGCUGUGUAUUGCAACAAUACUGGUUUCACACAAUGUGUAUUAUAUUACUAGAUCGGCCGGGUUGUCGCUCAGGCGUCCGACGCGCUCUCACGGUCCUGUGGUACCACACUUGACCACCAGGGCCGCUGGCGUCGCUCGACCGGCCGCCCGGUCCGACUCUCACCGCUAUUGCCGUUUCCAAGGUAACACUGUGUAACACCCGCGGGUGCCGUGAGUGGGUUAAGCUUACCGCGUAUGCCAGGCAUAUAGAGGAGCGGCGCCGGGCCGCGGGGCGUGGCUCGGCGCCGCCGCGCUGUGUGAUACGGGGCCUGCGCUGCUCUCCAGCGUCAGGCCGCCGCCGCCGCCGGGGGGCCGCCGGCGCCGCCCGGCUCACCGCUCUUUUGUAGCCAUCGCUUUGCCGAAAUGUACUUACAGCUAUGUGUUGCAUGUCGACAGGGGUGCGGGUAUUGUGUAGUGUUGCACGAUGGGCGGCGGCUGGUCCUGCCCGGGUCGGAAACGUUUGGCUCGCGCCGCGUGUGGCCUCCGCGGUGCUGGGAGGAGGCGCUUAGCCCCCGAUGCGUUUGCUGGUGAGCCCGCGGGGGCCGGUGUGCCGCUGGCAGUCCUCGCGCUCGUCGACCUGGAGACGUGACGCGGACUGGAUCGACGAGGACGGGUACGGGGACUGCCGUUAUAUGUACGUGCUGCCUGGACAGCGGGCUGGCCCGCCCCGACUUUGACAUGUUUGGUUUGCGGAUCGUUUACGUACGUGGUGGUACCGUUGCACGCGUGGCGUCCGGCUUGGUCGGUUUCCCAUUCUGUGCUCGUUGGCUGGUCGCGCGAGGUGAGGGGCUUGAUGGCUGUUGCAGCUUCGUGGGGUGGAAUAGGGGCUUCGAAGCCGCAAGCUGGGAUAACGCUUCCAUCUGCUCACCGGUUGGAGGUGAUCUGCGAUCUUCAUUAUCGAUGGAUCUUGUUUCCAUGCUCUUUGCCGGCGGCAGCCUCUCACUGCCAGCUGGGGUGAAACAGUACGUCAUCGACAUCUGUCUCCGAUUUUGCUGCGGCGCCACCCAUCUUCAUCCAUUUACGCGUGCAUUAUCGGCUCGCGUACACCGGCCAUACCUUCGAAUUGCACGAGCUCGGGUCAAACGCGGUCUGGUAAUGACACCAGCUGGCUUGAACGCUUUCACCGCCGACUGAGCACCCCUCGCCAUCCCCCGUGCGCGUACUAUCAGUUACCAUGACUUCUCAUCGACCGCCGUGGAGUGUUCCCGUGGUUCAUCGCAGAACAAUAAACCGGUACAGCCGUUGA